GGUUCCCCACAAAGGAAAUGGUAGUCCUGGGCUUAAGCCCACACCCCCCUGAGUCCCAGCUUUGUCGGGACCUACUCCCUGGCUCAGAGGUGGCCAGCAGGCUCUUUGCUCCAGGAAGAAUGAGAACCACCUGCGUUAGGAUUCGUGCUUGUCAAAAAUGCCCAUUUCAGGGCCCUGUGCAGACGGGGACUAGAGUGGCAGAGGACUUCGGGGCAGAUUUGUUAGCAGGCUCCCCAGGUGGUGCAGUCGGAGGGGCACAGCCUUCCCUCCACUGCACCUGCACCGUGCGGGCGCUCCGCUCCAGGAGGCCAUGCGUACGGCGCGACGUGUGUGACCCUGAGUGCGGCUGCUUGGAUGCGAAUCCCAUCCCUCCACCGGGCCCGCUGGGCAAGCCUCUGGCUCUGCUCCUGUGAUGUGAGGACCAUAGCACUGCGGCCUCUGGAUGGUCGAAUGUAGGCCGGGCUCCAAAACGCAUGCCCCCACUUGCCACCCGGCUGUUGGCUCACAAGAUCCAGUCACCACAGGAGUGGGAAGCAAUCCAGGCCCUGACGGUGCUGGAAACAUGCAUGAAGACCUGCGGCAAGAGGUUCCACGAUGAAGUGGGCAAAUUCCGCUUCCUCAAUGAGCUCAUCAAGGUCGUGUCUCCCAAGUACCUGGGCUCUCGGACGUCGGAGAAGGUGAAAAACAAAAUCUUGGAGCUCCUUUACAGCUGGGCCGUCGGCCUGCCCGAGGAGGUGAAGAUUGCGGAGGCCUACCAGAUGCUCAAGAAGCAGGGGAUUGUGAAGUCUGACCCCAAGCUUCCGGAUGAUGCUGCCUUUCCCCUUCCUCCUCCACGACCCAAGAAUGUGAUCUUUGAAGAUGAGGAGAAAUCCAAGAUGCUGGCCCGCUUGCUGAAGAGCUCCCACCCCGAGGACCUCCGAGCAGCCAACAAACUCAUCAAGGAGAUGGUGCAGGAGGACCAGAAGCGGAUGGAGAAGAUCUCCAAGCGGGUGAGUGCCAUCGAGGAGGUGAACAAUAACGUGAAGCUGCUGACGGAGAUGGUGACGAACCACAGCCAGGGCCGUGCGGCUGCCCGCAGCAGCGAGGACCUCAUGAAGGAGCUGUACCAGCGCUGUGAGCGGAUGCGGCCCACGCUCUUCCGACUGGCCAGUGACACGGAAGACAACGACGAGGCCCUAGCCGAGAUCCUACAGGCCAACGACAACCUCACCCAGGUGAUCAACCUGUACAAGCAGCUGGUGAGGGGCGAGGAGGUCAACGGCGAGGCCGCGGCGGGCUCCGUCCCCGGGAGCACCUCUGCCCUGCUGGACCUCUCAGGCCUGGAUCUGCCCCCCACGGGCACCACCUACCCAGUCAUGCCCACCCGCCCUGGUGACCCGGCCAGCCCCGAGCAGCCUAGCACCUCCGUCUCCCUGCUUGAUGAUGAGCUCAUGUCUCUGGGCCUAAGCGAUCCCACACCCCCUUCGGGCCCAAGCCUGGAUGGCGCCGGAUGGAAUAGCUUCCAGUCUUCUGAUAGCGCAGAGCCCCCCGCCCCGCCUCGGGUCCCCAGCGCAGACAGCCAGACCCCCGCACAGACGCCUCUGCCGGCGAGCAGCGGUCUGGACGACCUGGACCUCCUGGGGAAGACCCUUCUGCAGCAGUCCCUGCCCCCUGAGUCCCAGCAAGUGCGGUGGGAGAAGCAGCAGCCCGCCCCUCGGCUCACACUCCGGGACCUGCAGAGCAAGAGCAACUGCAGCCCGCCUAGCUCUGGUGCCACCGGCCUCCUCCACGCAGCUUCCCCCGAGCCCCCUGGGCCCCCGAGGCAGCCCACAACGACCGAGCUGUCGCUGGCCAACAUCACCGUGCCGCUGGAGUCCAUCAAACCCAGCAGUAUCCUGCCAGUGACAGUGUAUGACCAGCAUGGCUUCCGGGUCCUCUUCCACUUUGCCCGAGACCCGCUGCCCGGACGCUCCGACGUGCUGGUGGUGGUGGUUUCCAUGCUGAGCACCGCCCCCCAGCCCAUUCGCAACAUCGUUUUCCAGUCAGCUGUCCCCAAGGUCAUGAAAGUGAAGCUGCAGCCACCCUCAGGCACAGAGCUGCCGGCGUUCAACCCCAUCGUCCACCCCUCGGCUAUCACCCAGGUCCUGCUCCUUGCCAACCCCCAGAAGGAGAAGGUUCGCCUCCGCUACAAGCUUCUCUUCACCAUGGGCGACCAGACCUACAACGAGAUGGGGGAUGUGGACCAGUUCCCCCCACCUGAGACCUGGGGAAGCCUCUAGAACACGGAGGGGCUGGGGAGAGGAGGGGGGAGCAGGACUGGCCACUGCCUAGCCUGGGUGGGAGGCUGUGGUGGCCUAGAACACCCUGUGUUCCCAUGGCGACAACCCCCUGGGCCUGGUGCUGCUUCUCCCCUCACCCCUGCGGCCCUCUCCUUGCUUGCCCCCUCUCCUGCAGAGGUGAAUCCAGCCCGAGACUGGCCUGGGUUUGCACUGCUGGGGACCUUGGCCACAGGGCCUGGAGCAGGGAACGGCCGCCUGGCCCUGGAAGGUCUCAGGGUCAAGGGGGAGAAGCGUGACUGUCGGGCAGGGGCCAGGACCUCGGGCCUGGCCCUGACCCCAGCCUGGGGUGGGGCCAAGCCCACCCGUCUCUUAUGCCUUAUGGGAAGGCCCAGCCAUAACUCGGGGGCCCUGCUUGAGUGAGAACCAGCUCAGGCCUCCUCCAUCGGAACCGGGUGACUGAGGAGCAGGGGUGACUCCUGCACCCCCAGCUCUUUUCACUCUCUGCUGUGUGGUUUGACUCUCUUCGCUUUCCUUUCUCAGUGGCCCUGUGGUCACCAUCUCAGGGGGCCCGGCUGGGGGAGCCCCACCUGUGCCCCACUCCUCGUGGGGCUUUCGCUCCACCCGCCCACCCCCCCUUUGCCAUCAGGCCUCCUGAGGGGCUGUGGGGGCUGUGACUGCUGGCCCGAAGGUCACACCAGAGUCGGGUGGCCCCAGCAGGGGGCCCUCAGGGCCACCGGGGUUCUCAAGUACGUCUUUUUCAGUCCUGGCCUCUGCUGGGGCCUCCUGUGGGCGGCUCGCCCCGUCCGUCUGUCUGUGGGCAGAGUGGGGUCUGUGUGUGAGUGAAAGCAGGAGUAUUUAUGGAAAUAAAACACCCUUUUUCCUGGA